AUGUACAUUCUCCCGCUCCUCGGUUACGCCGGCCUGGUCCUGGGCUUUGGCUUCCUCACCCUCUCCAUCGCCUCGGGGCUCUACUACCUCUCGGAGCUGGUCGAGGAACAUUCGGUCUUCAGCGCCAGGCUCCUCAAACGCCUCGUCUACGUCGUGGUCGCCGCCCAGAUUCUCCUGUGGCUCGUCGACGGCUUUCCCUGGCAUCUGACUCUGCUCGGGGUGGCCAGCCACGCCGUGUACGCGACGAAUCUGCGCCACUUUCCCAUCGUCAAACUGUCCGACCCUUUCUUCCUCUCCAGUUGCGCCCUGGUCAUCCUCAACCACUGGCUGUGGUUCCGCCACUUCAGUGCUCCCGUCGGAUACAAAGGCGCCCCUCCCAGCAGUCGCCGAGACUGGUACUUGGGUCAGGCUUACGACCAGCCCACCUUCACCGAGAUCGCAUCUUACUUCGGCCUGUGCGUUUGGUUGGUGCCGUUCGCUUUGUUCGUCAGCCUGAGUGCGGGAGAAAACGUCCUGCCCAGCAUGGGCUCGGAAUACGCGACAGGCGAAAGAGAGGGCGUCGGAUUCAAGAAGGGCCACAAGAGGAGAAAUACUGGAAUGGCAAAGGCCGCGCUGGGCGGGGCAAAAGACUGGUUGAACGAGACAGGCGCCGUCAUGGGCUUGUGGCAAGCUGACAACGUGCGGAGCGUGCCGGCCUUUGAUUGA